UACAUACAUGGACAUAAAAAUGCUUAUAUUAAUAACAUUGACUUUCAUGCACCCUCAAAAUAGCUGUUUUCCUAUUCUACUGCAUGUUUGUUUAUUUUAUGUCAAGUUGUGCACUUACUCCUGUUUCUGUUCAUUAAGCAUAUAGUAAAUAUUGUUCUUCACUUCCUUGUGUGUAUGUGUAGUCUAUAGGGGUCUGGCCAGCAAAACUAUGUGUGGGUGUCUGUGUGUAUGUCAUAAAUUAACUUUGCAAGACAGCAAUGUCUUUGUCUUACAAUUGAACUAAAUGCAAGUGUGUGUGUCUGUGUGUGUGUGCACACACAGACAGAGUGAGUAGUAGAGUGGGAUAAUACACCAAUAAUUACUUACAAUCAUUUAUUGCAUUUUGGUUUAAGAAAUAUGUAAUAUCAGUUUAGCUAAGCAUGACAACUUUUUCAAGGCCAUGGAAUUGAAACUUUGCAACAGGAACACCGUUGUUCAUGGCCAUGUUUGUUCAGAAUUGUUUGUUCAAUGUUUGGCAAUUUUAAAUGUUUGUUCAUAUUUUCCAUUAUAACAAACCAUAGUUAUACCUAAUGCGUGGGUUUGAUGACUACUUUAACCAUUUAUUGUGACAUUAUGGUGACAUCUGUUCACAUUUUCAAUUAGUACGAUGCGUGGGCAUGUCUAUCAUGCACGUAGGCGACCGGAAAUGACCAGUUAUUAAUAAGUACUAUUAAUAAAAUGCAAGUUUUCUAUAAAAAUACAUGGCUGAGCUACUAGCGAGGCUACAAGCCUACAACUUGCAAGAAAUGGCUGAUAUACCAAAAAGUCUAGUGCGCACUGUUACAGUGCAUGAGAAUACUGAUCCAGAAGAGCUUCAGAAUUCGUUUCAAUCAGAAAAUCAAGACCGGCCUUGUCAGGACAAGAAGGAAACGGAGUCCUGCCAACCAAGCUGCACUGAAAAUGCUGGACCUGAUGCAGUUGUCUUUUUGAAAAGUAUCUACUACUACACAGAAAGCACAAAAUACUGCAAAGUGAAUAGUACUACAGGAGAAAAGGUGCAACUUUGCAUGCCAUCCGUCCGCCAUGUGUUCAGCCAGCCCCCGAUCCUUCCCCUCAUUACUUUUAUACUAACGGAUGAUGAGAUCAAAACUGUCGCUAAACUGUGAACCCUGUCGGCCCCCUAGCCCUCUCUUCUCUCUGUCCCUCCUGCCCUCUCUUCUCUGUCCCUCCUGCCCGCCUCUGUGAUGAUGUAGUCUCUGUCCGCAAUAUUGUCCAACAAGUCUCUCUCUUUUAAUCUCUGCAGCAGAGUGUGUGGUGUCUUCUUUCAUAGUCAAGAAAAGAACUUGAGUCAAAGUUUGACUUUUCAUAUAGUCGAUCCUGGGGCGUAUCGUCUUCAUACACGUGUUGGACUAUGUUAAUUGAAUCUUUAUCUCUUAAUUAAUUAUUUUUAGUUUUCUUUCAUGUCAUGUGAUUGAUUAUUGUUAUUUAUAUUAUU